AAACAGGAAGAUGAGGUGCUUGGCAUUCAAAUCUUCCUGCCUUCAAGGUCCUUGCAUUUAUACAUCAUUUGUGCCUUGAACUCUGCUUUUUCUUUUUCCUUUAAGACAGUGUUUUACAUUGCCAAGGCUUGUUUCAACUUCCUGAUUCUUCCUGCUUCUGCUGCUUCCUUGGUGUUGGGAUUACAGAAAUAUGGCUACACACACCUUUCUGCUGGAGAGCUUCUUCGUGAUGAAAGGAAGAAUCCAGAUUCACAGUAUGGUGAACUUAUUGAAAAGUACAUUAAAGAAGGAAAGAUUGUGCCAGUUGAGAUAACCAUCAGCUUACUAAAGAGGGAAAUGGACCAAACAAUGGCUGCCAAUGCUCAGAAGAAUAAAUUCUUGAUUGAUGGAUUUCCAAGAAAUCAAGAUAACCUUCAAGGUUGGAACAAGACCAUGGAUGGGAAGGCGGAUGUAUCUUUUGUUUUGUUUUUUGACUGUGAUAAUGAGAUCUGUAUUGAACGAUGUCUUGAAAGGGGAAAAAGCAGUGGCAGGAGUGAUGACAACAGAGAGAGCUUGGAAAAGAGAAUUCAAACUUAUCUUCAGUCAACAAAACCGAUUAUUGACUUAUAUGAAGAAAUGGGGAAAGUCAAGAAAAUAGAUGCUUCUAAGUCUGUUGAUGAAGUUUUUGGUGAAGUUACGAAGAUUUUUGACAAAGAAGGGUAACUAACCCUGAAAAAACAUCUUUGAAAUCAUGCUUGAAUAUUGCUUUGAUAGCUGCUGUCACAGCCCCCUUUUAAGGCAAUUUUAAUCUUUCAAAAUUACAUCUCAAUUAAUGUCUAGAAAUAUAUAGUAAGACAAAUUAUGUGUUAUUUUUAAUUUGUGGUCACAGUACACAGUGAAUUCAGGUUUAAUCAUCUUUGGUAUUAUGGUGCUCACAAAAUGAAGAGGGUAUCAGCUAGUUCUUGUUUGUAUUUAAAAAACUACCCCUUUUAUGUUUGUGCCUUCUGUGAGCAAAAUUUUUUAGCAUGCAUGCGUAUCCCUUUUGUAAUUGCAAUGUGUUAGGAUUUGGGAAUUCUUCCUUUUGCUGCACAUUUAAGAUUUUCAGCCUGUUAAGUAAAUCUGUGGACCAAAUUUAAAGGAACUUUAUGUCUAGUCAACUCUUGCACAAGUAAACAAACUCAUAAAAUGGAUUCCUAGCAAUGUUCUAGUAUUUAUCAAAUGACUGACCAUUUUCUGUUGAAAGUUAAAACUUAGGCAUCGAUUUGUUACAGCUUGUGCAAAGUUGUAUGACAGGGCACAGUCUUUGCUCUCAAGGUUUGGGUCAGGGGACAGGGACUUCAGAGCCUGACAGGAUUGUCAGCUUUCUUCUGACAUAUUCUGUGGGGCAAGGGUCUAAUGACUUGUGUUCCUAUGCUCUGUGACAUAGGGCUAGUCAUCAUUAAACUGAUGUUAACACAGUUCCUAGUAGGAGACCCCUGACACGCACGUGCUAGUUUAUGUUAAUGUGUUUCAGUUCUUGUUUUAAUAACACUUCAAGAGUUUUUUGUUUUCUUUCUUAGACUAAAUACAGAGUUAAAAUAAAUUAGAAAAAGCAAUCUAGUGGUUAAAAUUCCCAUUUGUAUUUUAUUUUCUGGAAUAUGUUGUUUUCAUUGUUACUUGUUUUAAAAGAUUUUAAAAAUCAUUGCACUUUGGUCAGAAAAAUAAUAAAUAUAUCUUAUAAAUGUUUGGUUCCCUUCCUGCCUGCUUUAUUCAAUAAAGUCUGAGAGUCCAAAUGAUUUUCUUUCUUUAAAGAAUUAAAAAUUUGGUUUUUUUCUUUGUUCUAUCUAUCCCUAAAGCUGAGUGGUAUCUAAAGUUCUUCUUUUUUAAAUUCUGUUAAUGUUUUGCUUGUAUGUAUGUUUGUGUGCCAUGUACAUGCUUGGUGCCCACAAAAGUCAGAAGAAGGUGUUCGAUCCCUGUCGCUAGAGUUACAGAAAAUUGUGAGCUGCCAUGUGGGUGCUGAGAAUAAUCCAGGUCCUCUGCAAGAGCAGCAAGUGUUCUUCAGUGAGCCAUCUCUUCAGCCCUGUAUCUAAGGUUCUUAAUAGAGAGAUUUCUGUUCUUUAAAUGCUCCUCAUUUUUAGCACUUACACUGUUUGGUAUACAGGGUUAAGGAAUGUAGACUUUGUAUAAUUAGAUUUUAUAUUUAAAUUUAUUGAGAAGAGUAAGAACAAGUUAAUAGAUUUUUUUUAUAAUGCAUUUCUAUGUGUCUUACAAAAUGCACUAUUAAUGAGACAAAUUUCAACAUACUUGUCAUUAGAAAACAAAGUAUCCCUCCAUACAAUAGUAUACUAUAUAAUAGUAAUUGGCCACCACACCUGAUGUUGAGUCUGUCCUGGUUCUUGGAUUGUGGUGAGUUUUUGUCUAGUAUUUUAACCCAGUGGAGGAGAGGCUUUGUUGGUGGUUAAUCACACAGCUAUGAAAUGAAGUAAGGGUCCGAACUGUUGUGAGACUUCCUGUUCAUGCUAAUGAAGAAAUCUGUCAGCUGGAAAUGUCAAUAUUCUUAUUGAUGACUACGAGAACCCCCUUUGGGUUUUGAGGGGACUAGGUGUUUUUCUUCAUCAAAUACUGACAUUUACAAACAAACCAAAAAACACAUUAAUUUCUAAAUUACAAGUAAUUUUUUUGUUUGCUUUUUAAGUAGAAAAACAUGUUGGCAAUAUUGAGUUUUGGAGUUGAUUGAGAUACAUCUGACUUGGCUAGUUUAGUCAUUCCAUUUAUUAAAGAUUCGAUGCUAAGAAGUAUUUACAGUUCUUGAAGGACCUUACUUUGAGCCUUGCUGUAUGUUAAAAGCUAAUGUCAUAUCCGUGUAUUAGUGUUGGGUGUGUAUGAAUUAUUUAGUAAAUAAUCCCAAUAAACGUGCUGAUGCCUUUGCUGUC